GUGCCGCCAGCGAUGGCAGUUCCCGGGCUGGCCAUGGAUGAACAGAGGGGACCCUAUGCAAUGGUCCUGUGCAAUGGUUCUGAUAUAAAGCCAACGACACUCGCCCACGAUGGCUUCUCACUUUUGACUGUUCCAGCACGCUUCAAUCGCCAAGCAGGGCAUCACUCUCUCUUUUCACCACUCACUUUCUUUCAUCCUUCACUGCGUGAACUACCAACAUUCUUUUCCACCACCCACGAGGAACCAGCUUCUUCCACAUUCUCGACAGAUUCAGUCCCAGUGACUUCACAUUCAGCCAAUCACUCACUAGUCUUCCAACCAUCGCAUCCUUCUUUCCAAAGAUGUCCAUCAAGUCCGCCAUUGCCCUUGCGGCCGCCUUCAGCGCCAACGCCGUCCUCGGCCACGGCCUCGUCAGUGGAACCGUGACCGACGGCACCUACAACCAGGGCUAUAUUCUCAACUACUUCUACCAGAAGCAGAGCACGGGCAGCUUCCCAAAGGUGUCGGGUUGGUACGCCGAGAACCUUGACAACGGCUUCGUCGACGGCACGGGCUACACCAGCCCCGACAUCAUCUGCCACAAGAACGCGGCUCCUGGACAGGCCGUCGCCACCGUCGCGGCGGGCGGCAAGAUCGAGUUCCAGUGGACCGCGUGGCCGGCGUCGCACUUCGGCCCCAUCUUCACCUAUGCCGCCUCUUGCGGCGGCGACUGCACCAAGGUCGACAAGACGACGCUCAAGUGGUUCAAGAUCGACGAGGUCGGCUUCGACGUUGCCACGCAGAAGUGGAAGGUCGACGACAUGAUUGCCAACAACAACACGUGGGUGACGACGGUCCCCUCGGCCCUCAAGGCCGGCGACUACGUAUUCCGCCACGAGAUCAUUGCCAUGCACGCCGCGCAGCAGGACAACGGCGCCCAGAACUACCCGCAGUGCGUCAACGUCAAGGUCACCGGGUCCGGCACCGAGCUGCCCCAGGGCGUCGCGGGCACUGCCCUGUACACCGCCAACCACCCGGGCAUCAAGUUCAACCCCUACACUCAGAUCUCGUCGUACCAGAUUCCCGGCCCGGCGAUGCCCGCUGUCUUUGCCAAGGGUGGUAGCGGUACUAGCCCGGCUCCCAGCCCGAGCCCGACCACGACUCCUGUUGCUCCCCCGGCAGCUUCGUCGACCACCGCUCCUUCCGCCCCAUCUGCCACGCCGACUUGCACUUCCGUGCCCAAACCCUCAAACCCUGGCACCGAGCUGCCCGAGACUUUCACUCUCGAGACGUUCAUCUCGUGGCUGCAGAAUGUGGCCGGCAAGAAGACCAACAGCCACCGCAGUCACCCUCGCGAGAUGAAGCUCUAAGAGGGUGUAUGCUCCAACAUCCGGCUGAGAUGCUGCGAUACUUGUGGCUUCACACCGACUGUCCAUAGUAGUAGAUCUCGUCACUUUGGCUGCGAUCUCGCCCCUUCUUCUUCUCCUCCUCCCCUUUUGUCCCCCAGUUCUAUAAAUGUGUCGGCACUGUAUAUUGAUGACAUUUACCCUUCUUUCUCCUGUUCCUCGCCUGGACGGCGGGAAGCUUCUUCUUCUUCUUCCUAUAUAGAGCCCUGGUGAGAUAGCCAUGUGCUUAUGUACAAAUUCAUAACAUGCCACAUUGAACACGAUGAAUCU